AUGGCGCCUUUAAAAGACUUGUUGAACCACGACGAAGAUCUGGGCAUUUUGUCUUCUCCUCCAAGCGAAGAUGAACGCAAAUACUGGGAAAGAUCUAGCCGCAGCGGUAGUGAAUCGUGUCCAUCGGAAGUCUCGGGAAGUGAGAGUGACACUCAGAACUAUUUGACCUGCCAGUGGGACAGCUGUGGUCAAAAAUUUGCUCAACCAGAACUAUUAUACCACCAUUUAUGCAACGAUCAUGUCGGGAGGAAAUCUCAGAAAAACUUGCAGUUGAACUGCCGUUGGGGCAGCUGCACGGCCAAAACUGUGAAAAGAGACCAUAUAACGUCUCAUUUGCGCGUUCAUGUCCCUCUGAAGCCAUUUGCAUGUUCAACUUGUGUCAAGAAGUUUAAACGCCCCCAGGAUCUCAAAAAACAUUUAAAAGUGCAUUUCGACGACGAUGCAGCAGCGGUUGGACGCAAGAGAGGUCCCAAACCUAGCGUGAAAAAAGUGGUAAAAAACGAUUCAAAAACUGCUGAACUGGCUGCACCCAGGCUCGCAUCCGCGACAUUUGAGAAAUUUUUGUCCGACGAAGUUAGACACUACCAGCCCUAUUAUACUCCACAGCUGGGCCAACGUAUACAGGCCUUGCCCGUUCCACCAAUCUCUCAAAUUGCAAGAAAUAUUCAUGACAACGGUUUAAAUGCGGGUGCUACUACCACCCAUACUUCGCCUCGUUUACAAGAGUCGAACAGUGUGUCUCCUUGCUCGUCUCCCGAAGAGCUGAGGCAUGCAGCGGGCUUCUUUUCGUCUCUCUCUCACGACAUGAACAGGAGGCUUCCUCGCCUGCCCCAGCUGAACGUGGUCCACCCUCCAACGGCACCGCUAUCUCCUCUCAUUCCUGCUGCCAUACCCCAAAGACACCCACAAGUUCUUCAGCUGCCUCCCAUCCACUCUGCUGUGCCCUACGGUGCAGGUCAUAGCAGCCAACUUCCAAGUGCAUACCAGAUGAGUGUUCCGUUCGUUUCUUCUCGGGUGGAUUCCCCCGCCAGGUUGCCUCAAUUCCGCCCCGGGGACGUUUUUAGCAUGCACCAAAAGAAUGCGGGUGUCUCCUCAGAAUCUGAUACGCACGAAGAUCAAGUCGAGGAUUUGCUUGCUGGCUUGAGUUUGAAAGCUACUGACCAACAAGAUUUCAUGGAAACAUUACAGAGAGUAAAUGUCAUGAAAGACUACCUGAUCUGUACGAUGCUUGAAGAUGAAUAUUUGUCUGAGGAAGAGGACUCGCCUGAGGGAUAUCACGGCUCUUCAGACGACAUUGCUGCCGAUCUGCAGCCAACAAAACCUUUGUCAAGAUACCCAGCCGUGGUCGUAUAA